ACGACUGGUGAGCAGAACUUGCGGCUACAUGACAUGUUUAUGUUUCUCGUUCUCCUCCCUCUCCUCCCUGACUGCUACACACACCAGGCUGUCAUUCCUACAGCCAGCAGCCAUGUAUUAACAGUAGCCUCCUCCGGGUUCAGACUGUCGUCUUCCUUAACGUAAUGGAGCGUUUGGGCACGAACAAGCAGACGACAGCUGACGCCGACUCUGCGGCAGACGGUUGCAGCUGCGCCGCAGACGUCGACAGCAGAGACGGGGCAUGGGAGAGGAUGGAGACGACGGAGAGGACGAUGCCUAGCGAGCACCAGGACAGAACCAGCAACCAGCAGCAGCAAACCGCCGGGGUGUUCGAUAAACUGUUCGGGAAACAACUUCUGCUGGCCAGACAUUACAUCAACUCUCGCAAGUCUUGGUUAAAGAUGGUUCCCACACAAAACUGUGACAUCCUGAUGACCUUUCCAGAUACAAUAGAUGACCCCUCUCUGCUGUGGCUUCUGAAUCAAAUUCGUGUUGGAAUCCCACAGGUCAGCAUCCAGGUCCGGCAACAUAAACACACCCUGACCCACGCCUUCUUCAUCACAACAACAUUUGAAAACCUACUGCGAGGAGCCGAGCAGAUGGGCAUAUACAAGACUGUGAAGCCACAGUUUGGUGGUGGCAUGCGCCGCUUCUCCUAUGAAGAGGACAACAUAUAUGAGAACAUAGAAAGCGAGCUUUGCUUUUUCACUUCGCAGGAACGUCAGAGCAUCAUUAAGUAUUGGCUGGAUAACCUGCGUGCCAAACAGGGGGAAAUGCUCCACAACAUCCACUUCUUGGAGGGGCAGCCAAUAAUUCCAGAGCUAAUCGCUCGGGGAGUGAUCCAUCAGAUGUUUCCUCUUCAUGAGCAAAGAAUACUCAACCAGCUGAUGACUUCGUGGGUCCAGGCUGUGUGUGAAAGGCAGCCCCUUGAUGACAUUUGCGACUACUUUGGAGUGAAGAUCGGCAUGUACUUUGCUUGGCUGGGUUUCUACACCAACUCCAUGCUCUACCCUGCAGUCAUCGGCUUUCUGUUGUGGAUACUAGCAGAAGAUGACCAGACCAGCCAGGAUAUCUGCUGUGUAGUUUUUGCUCUCUUCAACGUCGUCUGGGCAACUUUGUUUCUGGAGCGCUGGAAGCGGCGAGAAGCGGAGCUGGCCUACAGGUGGGGCACCCUGGACACCCCCGCCGAGUCCUUGGAGGAGCCCAGGCCCCAGUUCAGGGGUGUGAAGCGGUGCAGUCCCAUAACAGGCUGUGAGGAGUUCUACUACCCCGCCUGGAAGAGAGCCGUGUUCAGAUGGCUAGUCAGCCUGCCGGUCUGCCUGCUCUGCCUCUGCUUCGUCUUCCUCGCCAUGCUCCUCUGUCUUCAGCUGCAGGAAGUGGUGAUGGAGAUUCAGGAGCUGCCUGGUAUCACAAGAUUCAUUCCUAAGAUACUUCUGGCCAUCACUGUAACUGUAUGUGACGAGGUGUAUAAGAAGAUUGCCUACUGGCUUAAUGACAUGGAGAACUACAGAUUUCAGAGUGCCUACGAGAACAAUUUGAUCAUCAAGAUGGUUUUUUUUGAAUUCAUCAAUUCUUACCUCAGUCUUUUCUACAUUGGAUUCUAUCUCAAGGACAUGGAGCGACUGAAGGAGAUGCUUGCUACUCUGUUGAUUUUCCGCCAGUUCCUGCAAAACAUCAAAGAAGUCCUUCAGCCAUAUCUCUACGAGCAAAGCAAGCUCGGUGUCUUCACCCCAAAGAUCUUAUGGGAGCUCCUACAAGUCAUCAUUCUCAAGUAUGGGCGCUUGGCUCUUGGGAAGGCACAAGCCUCAAUGACGUCCUACUCCUUCUUGAGUCCCAGAGGAAUCUCAAACAGUGACGCUGCGAACUGUGUCCAGGAACCAAGGAGAAGAGGAGAUCUGAAAGCUGGCUUCAGGCUCUCAGAGGAAGAGUGGGACAUGAACGACAGCAUUAUGAAGCAUCGGAAAGUCAGCUUCACUGAGAAAGUGGACUACAAGAAUGUCAAGAUGGAGACCCAGGCUAUGGAGGACAGUUUCCUGGAAGACAGUCCGACUAUGGUGGAAGACGGGAUGGAUCCAUCCAGUAUUUUUGACAGUUGCGAUGAGGACAGUGACUGUGAAUCGCUGUCUCAGCAGGAGACCAAGGAGAACAUUAGUGUGUCCUCUUCAAAAGAGUCCGACUCCGUCUGCCAGAGAAGGAAUGUAGGCGAGCGGAAAGAUGACAAGAAAUCUUGGAUGGAUCCACCAGAGGAACCCAAAACCGUUGCUUUGACUCAGGCUGAGAUAGAGAGUUGUAUGCAGACUUAUGAGGGAACACUUCAGGACUACCAGGAGAUGUUCAUUCAGUUCGGCUACGUGGUGCUCUUCUCCUCGGCCUUUCCCCUGGCGGCCAUGUGCGCUCUUAUCAACAACAUUAUUGAGAUACGAAGUGAUGCCCUGAAGCUGUGCACCGGCCUCCAGAGACCGUUCGGACAGAGAGUGGAGAACAUCGGACAGUGGCAGACUGCAAUGGAGGCCAUGGGCUUGAUAGCCAUUAUAGUUAACUGUUACCUGAUUGGUCAGUGUGGCCAGCUUCAGCGUCUGUUCCCCUGGUUGAGCCCUGAGAUGACCAUCAUCUCCAUUGUCUUGCUUGAGCACUUUGCAAUCCUCCUAAAGUACGUCAUCCAUGUCGCCAUCCCUGAUAUCCCUGGCUGGGUAGCAGACGAGAUGGCCAAGCUAGAGUACCGACGAAGGGAAGCUUUCAAGAAACAUGAGCUGCAGGCACAGCAGCACUUCCAGCAGCAGCUCCGGCGCCGCCGGGAGGAGGAGGAGCUUCACCGUCAGGCCGAGCUGCAGGCAGAAGCUCGUCAUGAGAGCGACCAUAAGGCGGACAUGCAGCACCAGCACCACAACGACAAAUCACAGGGCAGCAAGCCUGGCGACAAGCCCAAGAGGCCAAGCUCCCUGCUGGGGAAUAAUAACGUGAUGAAGCUCAAACAGAUCAUUCCUCUCCAAGGGAAGUUCUCCUCUGGGACAUCCCGGUCACCAGCUCAGUCCCCGACGGGAGGCGAAGCAAAGCUGCCUGGGUUUCUGAAGUUCCUAAAGUCACCUGAAGCAAAAAAAGAGCCUGCGGCAGCAUCUGGAGGAACGUCAGCAGUGACGUCUUCUGCUCCCCCUGGUGGACAGGAGAAAUCACAAUCCCCAAACAGAACAUUUAGUCCAGGGAAGCUGUUCAAUUUUAGCAAAUCAGAGGGUACUGUGGUGUGUGCUAAUGGCACACAGCAGCCAAACCAGGCUACUAACUCUCAACCUAACACAACCACAGAGGAAUUACCCUCAAACGAGUCAGAUAAAGGAGAAUCAAGACUACAGACUGAUUUAGAAAACCCAAAGACCUAACAAAUGAUCACCCACAGCAACGUCAUAUUAGGAAGGGAAAAAAAAUGUACAAAUGAUCAUGCAAAAUGUAGAGGCACUGAUGCAACUCCAUAAAGCGUGCUGCUGUCUCUGUGUACACUUAAUUACCUAACUUCCAUGUAUAAAUUGUACAGUAAGUGUCACUGAUUCUAUGGGGGUUCAGUAACAGUGCAGCCUGAUCUGAGACAAUACCAGAGACUGAAAUGGUCCAGAACCAAGACAGUAGAAAGGCAGUUUGUAGGUCAAACUUCCAAGUUGGUGUUGGUACUGAAUGCAUGUUUUCAUGUGCAUGCGUGACAUGUUCACUGUCUUUUCAGUUGCAAUGCACAUUCAAAGCCAUUGGGAUUCUUCUGCACUAGGUCAGAUAUAGUCACUGUGAACAUAAAAAAAAUCUAUUUUUCCAAACUUUGAUUUUCUAUGAAUUUAUUUUACUACAUAAUUUAGUGACUGUAACUAUAUGAGGCAAAUAAAUGUCACUUAGUUCAAUGUCCAUGUGAGAGAAACAGGAUAGGAGGAGCUGGUCUUUCUUUAUGAGAGACCAUGCUAGUGCUGGGUUCUGAUGCCUCCAGGCAGUGGGGCUGGGGGCCGGAGGGCAAACUCUGACCUAUUGGUUCAGCCACCACUGUUUCAACUUACAGUGAGGAUGAAAAGUGAGUACACCUUGUUUGUUCUUGGGUUUGAUAUAUAAUAGGACACAAUCAAAUUUCACACACCGUUUUGAACAAAAAGUAAACCAUGAUGGAAACCCUGGUGAAAAAACUAAGUGCACCUGUGGUGCCUUCAUGGGACCUUUAGAGGGGCUGUAGCAGCAGUUCAUUAACUGAUUAUUAUCAAAAUCAGCACCACCAUGCAAUUGUUAGUCAUGACAGCUCAGUAUUUGUAAAAAUUUAAACACAGAGAGAGAUAUUUCAAGUCUUAAUUUCUUCUAGCUUUGAUGAUUAUGCCUCACAGAUCCUGGCAACCCAACAUUCAGUGUAUCAGAAUAUUUCUUAACAGACAUGUCAGGCUUCUGAGAAUGAUGUUUAUUUCUAUUCCCUUAAUAUUUGAUUGGGGCUCUUUGUGCAUGAAUUACUGCAUAAAUGCAGCGUGGCAUGGAGGAGGUCAGCUUGUGACCCAGGUAGCUUUGACAGCGGCCUUCAGGUCCCUCUUGGGUUUUCCACUUGACGGGAAAGAUUAGGUAUUCUUUACAGGGUUAAAAGUCAAAUUCACACAUUUUUGAAUGGAUUCUUCUUGACAAUCGUCUCAAAGCUUCAAUUAUGUUGCUGGCUCACCUUGUUCACACAUUUUUCUUCCAUUCAACUUUCUAUGAAUAUGCCCCAGAUACAGACCUCUGCGAACCAGCAGCUUCCUCAGCAAUCACCUCUUGUACCCUCGCCUCCUAGUGGAUGGUAUCUGUCACUGUCUUAUGCUCCAGUCAGAAUGUUGUGUUUUACCAACCCAGCCUGAGGUGCUCAGGAAACCUCUGCAGGUGUUUUCAGUCAGUUAGCUGAUUAAGGUGUGAACUGUGAGUUUUCAGUGUUUAAUAUCGCCACAAUUUUCUUAUAUUGUGAGACACUAAAUUGAAGGUUGCCGUUAUCUUUAGGACAUAAUCAUCAAAAAUAGUAGAAGUAGAGGCUUGAAAAAUGCCAGUGUGUGAUGUAGCUAUACACGAGUCACUUUCUGAAAAAAAGUGACAAAAACUAUAAAACUUUUGAACAAAAUGUUUUAAGUGUAAACUGUAAUCAUGAGUGGAAAACAUUUAGAAAAGAAAAGUUGUCUAUCUUCUUAUUGACAGCAUUACAAAAACACAACUGCUAGACCAUAAUGCACAAUGUAAUGUUUCUCAACAUUGUUUUACUACAAGGCCUGCUGAAUCAUGACAGUGUGAAUGAAGGUACACAGUUUUGUACAUUCAAAUGAAAUUCAAAUUGAAAUUAUUUUUUUUUAAAAGAACAGAUGAUUUUUAUUGUACCCUGAAACAUAAAACCCAAGAGCUGAAACAGGGUGUACUUUCUUUCUGUCAUGACAGUAGAGGUAAGUAGGAAGAAGGGCUGUUUUUUUCCUUGAAAGUUUCUCCAAAGCUUUCUGGUUUUUGUCAGUUACUGUGUGUCACCAUGUACGUUUAUACAAAACGCUGACAGUGCAUAUAUGCAAUAAACUCGGACACAUUCCAAACUCGUCAUGUGAGAGCUGCAACUGU